CCAUAGUUGACAGGAUCUAUGUCCGGAUUCUGUGAGUCUUAGCUUGAGUCAGUAGGUUUGUCAGUCAGGGGUCAGAGUCUAUGUGGUGAGGUUUGGAACCACUAAUCCGGUUGUACACUUGUCACCAUGGUGGGCUUGUGUAGUGGGAAGAGUACUAGCCCAUACAUCCCUUAGCAGCAAGAGAAAAUGACCGCCUUAGUGAGAGAAAACAAGGAGAGGAAAGAGCUCGCGAAGCAGGCGAAGUUAAAGGCUAUCGCGGAGGAGCAUGCGGCUAAGAUGAAGAGGUUGGAGGAGGAGAUGAAGAGGGUUCAACAGGAAGAGGAAGAGAGGAGAAAGGUUGUUGAAGAAGAAGCAGCAGCAAAAGAAGAAAAAGAAAGAAAACGUAUUGAGGGAGGAGAAGGGAAUAGUGGCACAAAGGGGGAUACUGACGCAGAGAUGGAGAGGAGGAUAAGUGAGUGGGUCGCUAAUUUAUCGUUGGGAGAAGACGAGGAGGCGAAGUCUUAUGUGACUCAGGAUGAGAGGGAUGCGCUAGCCAGUGUGGCAGAAGAGUUGAAGGAGAGAAUGCCAGCCUGGGCCAAAAUGAAGAAGGAGAGUAAGGGACAACUAAUCUUGGUAGACGUAGAAGUGUUUAGAAGCAGAGUAGGGGCCCUCAUCGACUCAGGGGCCACCCGCAGUUAUAUUAGCCGUGGCGCAUUGAAGAAGCUGAGGCUAGGACUAAAAGUCCAGAAGUUAGCAGACCCUAUAGUUAGUGUCCUCGCAGACAACCGCACGAUGCAUAAUGAGGACUAUGUAGAGGGAGUCCAGACGUACUUUCGCCUAGAGAAGGAUGGGAAGGUGGAGAAAGUUCUCCAUUCCCUGACUCUCCUCGUACAGGAUGACCUUCCUUUCGACAUAGUGUUAGGAAUGGAUUGGGGAGAGGCAGCAGGGGCCACACUCCAUUUGAGAGAGCAUGAGUGUAGGCUCCCUAGUCCAUCAGGCGAGGCUAAGGCUGCCCACCUGUUUCAUGUGUCAGGUGUAGAUAACACCUUGGCACAUUGGUGUCUCAGUGCUCCCGCGUUCGCGCGAUUAGUGAAAAAGGAGCAGUUAGAGGACCAGGUCUUUGUAGUUUAUGUUAGACCUGUCACUGAGGCUAAGGAAGAGGUGACUUCCACAGAUCCAACAAUUGCCAAGCUGCUGGAAGAGUUCAAAGACUUGACAGAGUCGCCGACAGGAGUAGUGCCACGACCCAUCCAGCACAGGAUAGAGAUAGAGCCUGGCAAUAGAACUCCUAAGGGAGCACUCUACAGGAUGUCCCCUAGAGAGUUAGAGGAGUUGCGCAAGCAGUUAAACGAGCUCCUUGAGAAAGGUUGGAUCAGGCCCAGUUCGUCUCCUUUUGGAGCACCAGUUUUAUUUGUCCCCAAGAAGCAAGGAGAGCUUCGUAUGUGCAUAGACUAUAGGGGUUUGAAUGCGAUUACUGUGAAGAAUGUUGAGCCGCUGCCCAUAAUAGACGAUCUUUUAGAUCRGGURCAAGGUUGCAAGUACUUYUCUAAGAUAGAUCUGAAGUCCGGAUAUUAUCAGAUAGAAGUCCAUCCUGAUGACCAGUACAAGACUGCGUUCCGGACCAGAUAUGGGCACUAUGAGGCGGAUACCCUUGUAAGGGUAUUCGCGCCGACACCGCGACCCAUCCAGCACAGGAUAGAGAUAGAGCCUGGCAGUAGAACUCCUAAGGGAGCAGUCUACAGGAUGUCCCCUAGAGAGUUAGAGGAUCUGCGCAAGCAGUUAGACGAGCUCCUUGAGAAAGGUUGGAUCAGGCCCAGUUCGUCUCCUUUUGGAGCACCAGUUUUAUUUGUCCCCAAGAAGGAAGGAGAGCUUCGUAUGUGCAUAGACUAUAGGGGUUUGAAUGCGAUUACUGUGAAGAAUGUUGAGCCGCUGCCCAUAAUAGACGAUCUUUUAGAUCRGGURCAAGGUUGCAAGUACUUYUCUAAGAUAGAUCUGAAGUCCGGAUAUUAUCAGAUAGAAGUCCAUCCUGAUGACCAGUACAAGACUGCGUUCCGGACCAGAUAUGGGCACUAUGAGUUCAUAGUGAUGCCCUUUGGACUAACCAACGCACCAGCCACCUUUCAGCAUUGUAUGAAUGACCUGUUUAGGCCAUGGUUAGACAAGUUCGUAGUAGUUUAUUUAGAUGAUAUCUUAGUUUUCAGUAAGACCCUCCAGGAGCACCAGGGUCAUCUGAGGCAGGUCUUGGAGAAGCUACGAGAGGCUAACUUCAAGAUCAACGCAAAGAAGUGCGAGUGGGCCAAGACACAAGUCUUGUACUUGGGCCACGUAUUGGACGGAGAUGGCAUUAAGCCAGAGGACAGCAAGAUAGCGACGAUUAGAGAUUGGCCGACGCCCCGCACAUUGACAAAGUUGCGGUCGUUCCUAGGCCUAGCUAACUACUAUAGAAAGUUCGUGAGGAACUUUUCUACUAUCGCCGCUCCCCUGCGCAGGUUGCUUAAGAAAGAGGCAAUCUGGCAAUGGGACAAAGACUGUACGUUUGCGCUCAAGAAGUUGAAGCGCGCGUUGAUAGAUUAUCCUGUCCUCAAAGUAGCAGACCUGUCCUUGCCAUUUUUCGUCACCAUGGACGCAAGUCAGUAUGGAAUAGGUGCCGUGUUGCAGCAAGACGACGACAAUGGCUAUAGACCCGUAGAGUUCAUGUCAGCGAGGAUGCCCUCUGAGAAGGUCGCUACCUCGACGUACGAGAGAGAACUCUACGCUCUCAGGCAGGCUCUAGACCACUGGAAGCAUUACCUGCUAGGGAGACACUUCAAAGUGUAUUCUGAUCAUGAGACCCUUAGAUGGUUGAAGACUCAGGCCAAGAUGACGCCUAAGUUGACUAGGUGGGCCGUAGAGAUAGACCAGUAUGAUUUUGAGCUCAAGCCAGUAAAGGGCAAGUACAACGUAGUUGCGGACGCUCUAAGUAGGAGAUCAGACUACUUUGGAGCCAUAGUACACUAUUUGGAUAUAGGGAGAGACCUGCAGGAGAAAGUGAGGCAAGCAUAUGCACAGGACCCUAUCUAUAGUGACCUCCUCAAGAGAGUUAAUGAGGCCCCAGAGACUGAACCACACUACCGCACUACAGAAGGAUUGUUGUUUGAGAAGACAAAUGUAUUUGACGUUCUAUGUGUUCCCAAUAGCGAGGAAUUUGUUUCACCUAAAGAGACAGGAGUGUAGGAGAAACGUCUAAGUGCACACGUGCACUGGACCACCUGGAAAGAAUGGCACUCUGCCUAAAAUUCGCAGAAAGAAAUGAAAUGAAAAGACAAUA